CGAUGCUACUAUGUUACAUGAAGCAAUCUUAACAUCGCUUGGCGAGGUCAUGAGGCUCUAGUUGCCUUUGGCCACUGGUUCUUCUAACCGUAGUAUUAAAACCAUGGGUGCCACCAGGAGGUCAUCCCAUAGAGGGGGAGAGAUUUCUGCGGAAACCAUCACAGGCGGCCAUCCAGGAUGGCGCCCUCACACUCGUUUAUGUUGUUUUUGUCUGUCAUUCUCACCCACCUGUGUUCACUCGUUCUUGCAGUGCCGUGGGUCGUCACGGAUUACUACGAACAGGCUAUCGUCACUGAAUCCCACUACUACACCACCGAGGUCAUAACAACAAUCCAGGAAGUUUCUCCGACGGCAACUUCCCUCCCCGAGGCCGUAUCGACUAUCACCUCCAUCGGCACCGGAUACUAUGCAGGAGAUGCUACUGUCAUUCAAAAGCUGUAUCCCACUGGCGUAGGGAAAGCCGUUGAUGACUACGAUUACCCCUACUACUACAGUGAUAAUUACCAUUCUACCAUCUUUAAGGUCUAUCUGACCUACUCAGCCCCGACAGGCUGCGCAACACAAUGGACACAGACCACUGCCGUCCCAGUGUCACCGCCCGUUGUGGUGCAAAAUUUACUGCCUCAGACCAGCAUGGAAACUUCAGUUUCGGUCGACUCCAGCGUGCCCUUCCAGCCGACCACCUACACGUAUGACGUGGUCUAUGUCGAUCCAACUCAGGUCCCCAGUAGCACUCUCGAAUCACUCAGUUACUACAACCGACCCACCUCCCUGUACACAGGUGCACAGUGCUAUUACACAAGUACAGACAGUUCCCGCUAUACCGGCGGUUAUUACUACGGGUACGACGACGACUACAACUGGUUCCUUGAUGACUACUAUAUGGGUAUCUCUCCGUUGGCGCUCACCCUUAUUCUCACCCUAGGUUGGAUUGGUCUUUUCUUAAUCCUUGGAUUUAUCGAGGCCUUCAUUCGGUUCCGCCGCCUGAUGACUGGCUGGCAAACUCGGCGUGGUCUGCCUGUCUGCUGGUCUCUCACCGUUAUCCCAAUUAGCCUGCUCCUUCUUUGUUUCUUCCGCAAGGGCUAUCGCGCCCGCUCCCAGGCUGACGCGGAGAUUCUGAAGAAGCGAUGGGAUGCCAUGGGGUUCUGGACAAAGCUGCGCCUGUUCUUCGUGUGGGGAUUUCGGUUCAAAUACCCACCCAUGCUGGGCCCGGCGCCAGCGCGCGUGAAGACCAGCAAGCAGCCGGGAAAGAACCCUGGACCCCGCCUACUGACGCCGAGCCCAUCACAGAGCGUGGCGCCGGACUCACGGCAGGGAUCCACCGCUGCACGUAGUGCUGGGGACCUUGAAAUGGCGGAAGCAUCCCUGGAACCUUUGCAGCAUUCCUCGCAGGCUGCUGCCUCUCCAUCGACCGCAUCGGGGGCACUCCCAUCUCAUCAUGAUGACCAGGUUGGUCGAGCGCACUGAGCGGCAUGCUGGUUGUUGGGAGGAAAAUGCUGGCUACUUACCAUCGUCGGGGUAAGAUACGAAGCAGCCGUAGCGUAAUGACGACUUGAAGGUCCUGCCACCACCUGUCCUUAUCUUUUGUUCGUCAUAUAGUUCUAUAGAGGGCCUCCUUGGGCUCUACACGCCUCACUACUCUAUUUCGGCUUCUAUUGAGCCUGGGGCUUCG